AUGGGUGGCAAAGCGAAGCCGACGAAGCACACGGCCAAGGAGCUCGCUCAGAAGGAGAAGGAUGCCACCUGCAAUCGCGGCGGUGGCUCUGCUGGGCUCAAGGAUCGGCAAGGAGGGUCGGUAGGGCACUCGAAGUACAAGUGCAACAUCUGCAUGCAGUCUGCCCCAGACCCGAAGUCCAUGCAGAUGCACUUCGAGUCGAAGCAUCCGAAGGAGGAGUUCGCGCUGGACAAGUGCACAGACCUCCAUUCAGGAACCGGUGGCACCACCCAGGGAGCGUCGCCGACCACGAAGACGCCGCUGUCCCGCAUGGCACGGCUCUUCCGAAAGGGCACUUCAGCCGUGGUCCAAGACGACGCACACUACCAGCGCUGCGAGGACCUGCAGAAGGAGGAGAAGCACAUCUUGAGACGAUUCUGGAUCCUGCUCUUCGUCACUGCAAUCCUCUCGAGCUCUUUGUCUUUCCUCAUCGACCGCUUCACCUACGGCACGGGGCUCCUGCGCUCCACGCUCACCCUCGGUGCGCCGCUGAAGGCCUUGGGGUUCAACGUGGGCAUGGCCUGCCUCGCGCGGCUCAUCGUCCGACCGACGGUGGAGGCAGAGGGGAGCGGUUUCCCCGAGAUGAAGGCCAUGCUCUUCGGGAAGGUCCUUUUCAACUUCCUCACCUUUCGCGUGCUGGUGGCGAAGGCCUUGGCGCUCUCGCUUGGCGUGGGCGCCGGCCUCCCCCUCGGCAAGGAGGGCCCCAACGUGCACAUGGCCGCCCGUCGCUCGGGGACACCGUGUCGCUGCACUGCUCCAGCCCGCCGGCGCCACAGCUACAGCUUACAGCUGCUGCUACGCGCAGAGGCGUGCAUCGCUCGGGUGAUCCACCCCUCCUUCUUCGAGAUGCCCGGCAGCACUUUGAGAUGUCUCUUGAAAAAAAGGAUUGAUUUAUUCGAACGCAAGACUGAGAGUCGGUUUCCGGAAAGGAAGCGCGUGCAGAGCUCCCACGGUGCCCAUGGGGCCGGGGGGAGCGGCGUGGGCUCCGCCGUGUCGAAGCUCCUCUUGGCCGCCUGUGCCGUUGGCGUUGGGGCCUCCUUCAGCGCGCCCAUCGGCGGCGUGAUCUUCUCCUUGGAGCUGAUGCUGCCGCAGACCUACGAUGCCUUUGCUUACUGGGGCUGCUUUACGGCCGGCACUGGCCCUGGCGGAAAGCUUCUUUGUAAGCUCCUCACAGCGAAAGCCGCUAUACUCGAACAGAAGCCGGUGCUACUGCGAGGCAUCGUCGGCGCAAUCACCUACGCUGUGGAGAGGACAGGGUUUCAGGGCAGAGGCGGAGAGAGGAAGAAGAUGGAAGAAGACCAUCACAAGGCUGCGACGCACAGAAGAAGAAGCCUGCUAGAGGACUUUGACGACCGGAAGCGCGAGCCUGCUGCCACUGAUAAGUGUUCCAACGUGCUGCCCGGCGAGGGCUCCGACACCGACUUUCCGCUCCUGCGCCUCGCGGUGGACAUUGUCCUAGGCCUGCUGUGUGGCCUAGCUGGCGGCAUCUGGGUGCGGUGCCACUCCUAUGUCGUCCGACGCCCCAGUAAGAAGUUCGCUUUUAGCGCUGCUCAACAGAUCUUCAAAUCGGAGGCCGGCGUUCUGAAGCGCUGGCGACUGCGGGAAGGGGAGCCCUUGAAGGCCAGUGGCCAAGAGCAGCCUUUGCUCGGCGGGCAGGCGCCGGCCCGGGCUCCGGGCUGCCUGAAGCGCUGCUUCCUUCGGAUGUUGGGAGGCAAGUGGAGAGACUUAGCGCUGGUGGCCAGCGUCACUGCCCUGAACACUGUGCUGGCGUCCUCUCUGCCCCUGCUGGGAGGUAAGCCGCAGCCGCUAUUGAUCUCCACGAUCUUCGACAAGAACUUGAUGCAGAAAGAUCCAGAAGCCUGGGUCCUUCCCUGGGCCGGCGUGGCUGGGACCAUGGCGCUUUGUUUUUUGAUGAAAUGGUGCAUGACCAUUCUUGCCUUGUCCUCUGCCAUUCCUGCGGGAGUGGUCGCGCCGACGAUGAUUAUCGGCGGUCUGCUCGGACGCGUCUACGCCCACGUGCUACUGCCGGACUGGUUCAUCGAUCUUCUUCUGAGCAAGGAUGGCCUCCCCCCUUCGGAGCUGCAGCGCGGCGCUUUCAUGGCCCGCUGCGGCAUCGUCGGUGCUUCAGCCUUCUGCGCUGCCGUCUGCCGAGCCUUCGCCAUGGCCAUCACCGUCUUCGAGGUCUUGGCGUUGCCGAACUCCGUUUUGCCUCUCUGCAGCUCCGCACUCACCGCGAUCUUCGUGGCGAACAAGGUGUCCCUGCCCUUCUUCGAUGCCAACUUGGCGACGCGGAAUUUGGGGGGCAUCCCGGCCAUCACCUUCACGGACAAAGCCAUCGAGCCCGUGAUGAAAGUCAUGACCGUCGCUGACAUGAGCGAAUGUUUGCCUCAGAUGCUAACGCUGCGGCACCUGCUGCACGUGCUGACCAGCACGAAGCACGACUUCUUCCCCAUCGUCCGGCCAUUGGCCUGGGACGUUUCUGAUAAGGGCCUGCUGGAGGGGACCAUGACCCGGAAGAACGUCGAGCCGCACGCUUGUGGCAAGUACAAGGAGAGAAAGAGAGAGCGAGAGAGAGAGGAACUUGUUCCUCAAUGCAAGUUUCAAAAAGUAUAUGCCAAACGCCACAGGACCCGGAGUGUAGGCUGCACGGAGUCACCGGAAGAAUGA